GCCGGAGACGGUUGGAAGAACCGUUGUGGGAGCGCUAUACGAGGCAGGCGACUUCUCCCUCUCCACGACCGGGCCCCGCGAGCAGCGGAGUCGGCGCUACUGUCGCUCGACAGGGUAUCUGAAGUAAAAGGGGCAUUUAAAUCAAACGGUAUUGAGAUGGAUUGGGUUAUGAAACAUAAUGGUCCAAAUGACGCUAGUGAUGGGACAGUACGACUUCGUGGACUGCCAUUUGGUUGCAGCAAAGAGGAAAUAGUUCAGUUCUUUCAAGGGUUGGAAAUCGUGCCAAAUGGGAUAACAUUGACGAUGGACUACCAGGGGAGAAGCACAGGGGAGGCCUUCGUGCAGUUUGCUUCAAAGGAGAUAGCAGAAAAUGCUCUGGGGAAACACAAGGAAAGAAUAGGGCACAGGUAUAUUGAGAUCUUCCGAAGUAGCAGGAGUGAAAUCAAAGGAUUUUAUGACCCACCAAGAAGAUUGCUGGGCCAGCGACCGGGACCAUAUGAUAGACCAAUAGGAGGAAGAGGGGGUUAUUAUGGAGCUGGGCGUGGAAGUAUGUAUGACAGAAUGCGACGAGGAGGUGAUGGAUAUGAUGGUGGUUAUGGAGGUUUUGAUGACUAUGGUGGCUAUAAUAAUUAUGGCUAUGGAAAUGAUGGCUUUGAUGACAGAAUGAGAGAUGGAAGAGGUAUGGGAGGACAUGGCUAUGGUGGAGCUGGUGAUGCAAGUUCAGGUUUUCAUGGUGGUCAUUUCGUACAUAUGAGAGGAUUACCUUUUCGUGCAACUGAAAAUGACAUUGCUAAUUUCUUCUCACCGCUGAAUCCAAUACGAGUGCAUAUUGAUAUUGGAGCAGAUGGCAGAGCAACAGGAGAAGCAGAUGUAGAGUUUGUGACACAUGAAGAUGCAGUAGCUGCCAUGUCUAAGGAUAAGAAUAACAUGCAACAUCGAUAUAUUGAACUCUUUUUGAAUUCAACUCCUGGAGGCGGUUCCGGAAUGGGAGGUUCUGGAAUGGGAGGCUAUGGCAGAGAUGGAAUGGAUAAUCAGGGAGGCUAUGGAUCGGUUGGAAGAAUGGGAAUGGGGAACAAUUAUAGUGGAGGAUAUGGUACUCCUGAUGGUUUGGGUGGUUAUGGCCGUGGUGGUGGAGGUAGUGGCGGUUACUAUGGGCAAGGUGGCAUGAGUGGAGGUGGAUGGCGUGGCAUGUACUAAAGCAUAACAACCAACAUAAAAGUCCUGGCAACAGCAUCUGGUCUACUAGACUUUCUUACAGAUUUAAUUUCUUUUGUAUUUUAAGAACUUUAUAAUGACUGAAGGAAUGUGUUUUCAAAAUAUUAUUUGGUAAAGCAACAGAUUGUGAUGGGAAAAUCUGUUUUCUGUAGGUUUUAUUUGUUGCAUACUUUGACUUAAAAAAUAAAUUUUUAUAUUCAAACAA